AUGGGCGCCAUCUACUACUUAAUGCACCCGGGCCAACUGCGUUCCAUUCUUCAAUGGAAGCUAUGGCACGACCCCGUUAACCGCCGCGACCCCAGCACUGAGUGCGCAACAUUAUCAGAAUGCUUCCGCUUCUUGAACUUGACAAGCCGUAGUUUUUCGGCCGUUAUCCAAGAACUCAACCAUGAGCUUCUCGUCCCUAUAACACUCUUCUACCUGGUGCUACGUGGCCUCGACACAAUUGAGGAUGACAUGACCAUCCCUCUCAGUACCAAAGUCCCUAUGUUGCGGGAAUUCCAUGUGACAAUGGAACAGGACGGCUGGCAGUACCACGAGAGCAAGGAGAAGGACCGAGAACUUCUGGAAAAGUUUGACUGCGUCAUUACCGAGCUCAAGAAGAUCAAGAAGCCCUACUAUGAAAUCAUUAAAGACAUGACCAUCAAGAUGGGCAACGGCAUGGCUGAUUACGCACAAAAUACCUAUAUGAUCGAAAACGGCGUACAGACUAUCGAGGAAUACGAGCUGUACUGCCACUACGUUGCGGGGUUGGUUGGCGAGGGCCUUACCCGGCUAUUGGUGGCUUCCAACCUUGCCAACCCGAAGCUGGCUGAUAGACCAGAACUGACCGAAUCCAUGGGUCAGUUCUUGCAGAAGACGAACAUCAUCCGUGACAUUCACGAAGAUUGGGUGGACGGCCGACGGUGGUAUCCAAAGGAGAUUUGGAGCAAGCACGUUGACCGAUGGGAAGACCUGUUUGAUGCCAAGCAUCGAACACAGGCAGUAGAGUGCAUAUCAGCCAUGGUGCUCGACGCUCUGAAGCACGUUGAAGAGUGCCUAUUCUACAUGGCGGGUAUGAGGGAUCAAAGUGCCUUCAACUUUGUUGCCAUUCCACAAGGCAUGGCCAUUGCUACCUUGGAGCUGUGCUUUAGGAACCCGCUUGUGCUGGAGAGGAAUGUUAAGAUCACCAAAGGAGACGCUUGCCAGAUCAUGUUGGAAAGCACACAGAAUCUCGAAGUUCUCUGCGAGGUCUUCCGAAGAUAUGCCAGGCGCAUUCAGAAGAAGAACGACCCUCGCGAUCCAAACUACUUGGCAAUCAGCUCACAGUGCGCCAAGAUUGAGCAAUUCAUCGAAAGCUUGUUCCCCAAGCAGGACCCCAAGAAGUUGGCCCAGGAGGCCAAGGCGAAGCAGACGCAGGAACCCAGCAUGACCGCCGGCGAAACUGCCAUUAUGGUUUCUGUCGUUCUUGGUGUCUUGUUGACUAUGACGGGCCUGAUGGUUGGCAUUGCUUGGUUCUUCGGCGCCAAGUUCGACAACACUCUGGCCGAUACUGCCAAGCUGUUUGCAGGCAGCGGCGCCGGUUCUGCGCCUUCAAUAACGGGUACUCGCGACGAAUUGUAACAACAUCAUGGAUUUACGAAUCAAAUCACUAAUUGCAAUGCCUUGAUGCCCUCAUGUACUACAUAUAAUCUUGGCUCAUGAUAUAUGCCAAGCAUACUAUAUAUACUUACCCAUCAUAAUUAACGUCUUCAAUACUAAAAUCGACAGGAAAUGGUACUUUCUGUACGAUGAUCAAAACAGGUGGUAUGUCUUGGGAGAGAAAUGAAAACGUGGUGUCUCUUUUUCGUCUACAUUUUAUUCUAGCACGGAUGUCAAAUUGCAAUCCAGUCCUUUCAUGACUGUGGUUGUGCCGAAGAAGUGCUGAUAUCAACUUUUGCUUUUGGUCUACUCUGACGAGAUGACGCAGCGUGGAACCUUUUGGCCUUGGCCUUGACGAGGCUGGAUCCGUGUUGGCGAGCGAACAUUUCAUUGUGCCACUAGGCUUUGUGACAUGUUGCCGUGGUGAAUGGGGUUUGCAUGGCGUUGAAUUGUGACUGAUAGACAAUAUCAUUGCAUCAAUGAACGGCGAUUAUUUUGAUAUUAUAUAGCUCUUUGAUGUUCGCUGCUUCUCUGCUAUUGUCAGAUGGCCAAUUGCAUUGUUCUCAUUUAAAUACAACCGCUCGCCAUGUUUCAUGAAUGUAAUAAUCAGGGCAUUGUUCUCUAUUAUAUCUACAUGUAGCCCGUACGCUGACAAUAAUCACCAUCUAAUUAU